AUGGAGGCCAAACUGAAAAAGAAAAAAUUUCUGAACCACCUGCAGCACAACAUCUGCAAGAACCACCAGCUGUACAGAAAUGACUACUACGAGCAAUUUGAUGCAUUCCUUUUCAAUUACGGAGUGGUGUUACUGAACCCUUUUAGGAAGAAUGACCUAUUUUGCAGCCAGCUCUCCUUCCUGAGCUACACGGUUCGGUUCUUCUCCCCCGAGGGGGGAGCAGCGAGACGUAGUGAAGGUGAAGAAGUAGGGAGAUACAACUCAGACGGAGGAGCAUCGAGCUGUGGUGAAGACCUCCUGAGUGAUGAUGGUGCCGGCGAGGAUGCGGAGGGUGAUGACACCGCCGAGAAUGAUGGCACCGCCGAGGAUGAUGAGCUGCACCGAAUGAACCUCGAUGCGAAGAAGAAGGAAAUCUGGGCCAGCAUGAAGAACAGAGUAGAGGCAGAAGGGGAAGAUGCAGCCAGGAGGAGACAAACAGAGGAGAAAAAAAAACUAAGGGAAAACCCCCUAUUGCCAUAUGACGAUAUAAAUGAGUACAUAAACCUAUUGAUGGUAACAGACAAAGAAGAAAUAAAUUUCGCAGAGGAGCUCUUUUUUCUCAUUUCUCAGUUACUAGUGAAGCAUAAAAAUAAUCUCUGCAUUUCGGUCCUGCUAAGUAUACUAAAAACGCUAAGGCAGAUUAAGAGGAACAUACAUGUGUUGAGUUACCUGCAGGUUUUGUUUUUUCUUUGUGAUGUAAAUUUGAGUAAGGUGAAGUUGUUCCUCUUUAAGAGUGUCGUCGAGACGAUCGUGCAGGUGCACAGGCCGCCCAGAAGGGGGGCCGCCACUCUAAGGCGAAGUGCAGAAGCGUACGUGGAAAACAGCCAAAGGAAGCGCAUCCAAAAGAAGUACGCCUCCCCAGGUAGCACCGACCCAACCAAAAGGCAGUACCUCAGGAACGUCCCAAUCACAGAAAGUCUGAACAACUUCGCCUGUAGUGUCCUCAUCGAAUUGAUAAAGAAAAAAAUCUAUGUAACAAAAAAAAACAUAAAUUUUUUAUGCGAAGGAAUAUUCUACAAAAAUGAAAAAAUCGUGAAAUGUGUGUGCUUUGGUCUACUUGGAAAAUUAGACAAUAAAAAUUUUGCAAUUAAAAUGGAAAAGGAAAAAAGAAACAAUAACAAACAGAUUGAUGAUUUAAAAAAUAUAAGUAAUCAAACACAUCAGAAAUUAACCAAAGCGAAGAUAAAGAAGUUGCAUCAAAAAAAGGAAAAAAUUUUGAGCCAACUGUAUAAGAGUAACCAAAAAGGGUCCAGCUGGACAGACGAAGACCUUUCAGAGGGUGAAGAGAGAAGAAGGGAAGACCAUUUCUCCCAUAAUGCUAACUACACCUUUAUCGAUUUGCUUUUCGAUCCAUAUACCUUUGCAAGUAACGUAUUUAAUAUGAUAUGUACCAAAUACCGAAACAGUCACGGUACGGUGAAGUUACUUUUACUAAAUAUCGUAUGUAGAUUACAUCAACGUAAUCAGAUCGUAGAAGAAAAUUUAUUUCUCUACUAUGAGAAUAUAUUGCAAAAUUUGAAAAGCAAAUCUCUUUUGCCAAAAUACCUCUCCUCGUUUAUCCAAUGCAUUCAUUCAGCUACUCCCUCCAUGUAUGUACAACGAAUUAUGCAUACUCUUGUUAAGAAAUUUUUAUUUGAUAAUAUUUCUGAGGAAUUUAUUUACCUUAUCAUUAAUGCUAUCAUUGAGAUCGCUACGAAAUGUCAUGAUUGUUUAGAUGAAGAUGUCUUCGAAUCUGUUAUUGUUUUUAAGGAGUACAAAAACAAGAACCUUGCUGUUCUUAUGAGAAGAUUUAUUAACCUGUGUAGGGAGAUCAAUCCGGAGUUACUCGAUAGGAAGUUACUCGAUAAGAAAACUGCUCUCCUUAUGCAGCGCCGAAAAAUUCUUUCCUGCGCGGGGGGAGUCGCACCGGACGCGCGGUCGCUCCUGCAGUACUCCUAUCUCCUCCGCGCGGGGGGAGCGGCACCGCUCGAGGGGGAGGAAGAAGGAGAGGAAGAGGGAGAAGAAGGUGGAGAUGAAGAAGAAGAAGAAGGUGAAGAGGAAGAGGGAGAGGAAGUGGGCGGAGAAGAGGGCGGAGACGAGAGCGAGGAAGUGGGCGGGGAAGAGAGUGACGGUGACGCCGUGGGCCAAGCCCCGGGUGACACGGACGAGGGCGAAGACACCACCCCAGGGGGGAGCGCCGCAGAGGAGGAGACCCCGGAAGAUAGGCCCACCGAUUGGAAAGGCGCCACUCGCAUAGGCACCACUCGCCCCGACAAGCAGACCAAGAAGGCCAGGCGCAGGGACGCCAAAGUGAAGAAGGAACAACACAUCCAACAAACGAACGAACAAAUACUGAGCCAAAAAAUAUUGACAGAUGAAGAUUUCAGAAAACUCAAAAAAAUGAGGGACUACGUUGCGAACAACAAAGAAGUCCUCAUGUCGGAUCUGAAAGAUAUUUGCAACGCUGACUAUACCGAUGAAGACUCGGGAAGCAGUGCCGAUGAGGGAAAAGAAAAAAUUAUCACCCAUGAAGACUUAUUGCUUAAGAAAAAAAUAAAGAAGCAUGAACUAAUGAAAGUAAAAAUAAAAAAAAAAAGCCAAAGUGAUAAUCGAUUUAAAACCAACAAAGAAAAGGAAAAAAAAAAAUCUGUCAUGAUGUUGACACAGAAGCUCAGGAGGAAGAAGAAGAAAAAUGCGAUUGCUCAGUAUGGGAAGAUUAAAAAGAAGCUCAAGGGGAAGCUAGCUGCUCGGGCCAAGAAAAGGGGAAUCUUGCAGAAGCGAAUUGCUAAGAAGUUGAGCAGGCGACGCCGCUGA